GAUAACUUGUCGGAUCGACUACUACGUCUGCGUCUCUUAACAUUUUUUCGAUAUUUAGUUUAAGACUUGCAUGACCUUAGUGGAAAUUGACAGGAGAAUUGUAAUAUACAUUAAGUGAAAUCUGGAGAAUGUUAGCAGUUACCAGACUAUCUCUAAUUCAAAAUUCACUGCAUAAAUGUGUAAGUGAACAGUCUUUUACCUUUCGUUUGGAAUAGUUCCUGUUAAUAAAACUUUUUGAUUCCCUGUGCCUGUGGCCUGUGGUGUGACUGUCUUUAGUCUUUAGUAAGAUUGUAUAGUAUAGUACAGUAAGUACUGAGGCUGUAGUUUAGGUAGUGUAGUGUAAGUCAAGAGUUGCCAAGCUGUGCAGGUUUACUUAUUAAUUUCAUUUUCAAGCCCCCUACUCAAGUUCAAGCCAAGUCACUUGUGUAAAUUUGUACCAAAUUUUGCCUGCCUAAACUAAGUCUAAGUCACAAGGGUAUUUUAGUAGAACUAGGCAUACAUCACACUUACUGAACUUACUGAUACUGUUUACUAAAUUGAUUGUUUUUUGUUUUGUUGAAAUGGAUAGGGGAUGGCACUCUACUCUACAAAAAAUCAUAUGAGGGCUAAUGUGAAGAGAUAGCACCCUGGUUCCGAUAGGGUCAAAACCCUGGUUACUGAUAGGGUCAAAACCCAAGUUAAGGAUAAGUUUAGGGUUCAGGUUAGGUAUAGGGAUACAUUUAGGAUAUAAGUUCGCUGGUCGCGGCAACCAAGGUAAAAAAACGCGGUGCUAUCUCUUCACAUUUACCCAAAUAAGAAUCCCUGCAGCAGAGCAUGCCCUAACCUAAGCCUAACUGUCUAACUAUUAUAUUAAAGGCUAUUAACUAUAAUAUUUAGAUUAGCAAGAGCAAAGGAGAAAACACAAUUUUCCCAGACAUUUGCCUUCAUUUGCAUAUUUAUAAAAUAGUCACUUCCAACCACACUGCAUACUACUGCCUCUUAAAUUUAACUAUAUUAAAAUUAAAGCGCUUGAUAUGCACUGCUCACAUUUAUCAUUAUCAUCUGAUUAUCAAUCAUUUUCAAGGGAUUUUGUAAUUGAAACCAUAUCCAAGUUUUAGUUUUACUAUUAACCUAUAACUUAGUACAGGGGUGGGCAAACAUUUUCUAUGUAGGGCCACAUUGAAAACUUUAUUGUCAUCAAGGGGGUGGGGGGAGCAUAUAUAUAUAUUUUGUCUGCUUCAUUAACAAUUUACAACGUAUGAACAUAUAAAUUAAUGAUAAUAACCUUGUAUUUGUCAUUUUAUUUCACAUUCAAGCUGUAUUAGUAUUAGUAUUACACAUUCACAUGCACAAUACAUUUUAGAAUAUGAACUUUGGUAAUAAGAUAGUACUAUUCAUAAUUAUUUAAACAAAAGUUUAUCGUCAUCUAUCAUAAUAAUUAUGAAGAAGAAGGAACUUAAUUUACAUACAAUCUGACCACAGAUUACAAUUAUAAUUAAUGACAAGUAUGUAACUGUUCACAGUUUUGGAUAAUGUUCUUGAACUGUGGAACCAGUUUACUGGUUGUGAUUCGCAUGAAUGCAUUCAAAUUGCAGUCAGUCACCAUUAACCUGAUCUUAGACUUGUUUAUUUUCAGUCAAGAAAAAGCUUGCUCACAGAUGUAUGUGGAACCAAAUAGUGACAAAAGUUUGACAGCAAAGUUUUUAAAGCGUGAAAAUGCUGCUUCUGACAAAGAUCCAUAAAACUCCAGCAGAAGAAUUGACUUGAACAUCUCCUUCAGGUCAUAAUCUGCUUGAAAUUCCACAACCAAGGCAUCCAACUAAGCCUUGUACUUUUCAGCCAUUCAUUUCCAAAGAAAUUGUUUUCUGUUUCAGCAAAAGGAAAUGGCAAAACCUGUUUUCACCUGCUUGCCUGGAGAACAGGGAGAGAUUUGCCUGAAAUGAUUUAACAUGCACAUAAAUUUCAUGUGCAAACAAGCUAUUGCCCUGAAGUUUGACAUUCAGUUCAUUCAUUGUUUCCAUAAUGUUGAUGGCAAACAUGAAGUCUGACUUCCACUCUCCAUUAACAAUCUUAAUUUCAAAGUCACAAUAUACAGUGGAACCUCUCAUAACGAGUUUAAUGCGUUCCAGACUCUUACUCGUUAAGCGAAACACUCGUUAAACAAAACAAUUUUUCCCAUACAAAUCAAUGUAAAGUACGAUAAUGCGUUCCAUGCUGAAAAAAAUACUAAUUUUUCAAAAAUUUGAUUAACAUUUAUUCAAAUAAAAUUACUUAUGAAUUGUUAAGGAGUGUAACAACUUGGAAGCAAUUUAGAUUUGAAACAAAAAACUUUAAAAAAAAAAUGAAUUUAUGACAAAUAAUUAAUCCUUUUUUAGAAAACUGUCUAAAGCCAUUUGUUUUUGCCGACGCUUCAAAAUUUGACGAAAAUGUGUCACAGCAUUGUCAUUGAAUAAAUUUGUAGCACGAAUAGCCACGCUCACACCUUGUUCUCACUUUUCAAUGAUUUUACGUUUCAAUUCAACAGUUAUUUUUUCUCUUUUGUGAUUGUCUUCUUGUGUUUUUUUUUUCGAAGACAUUUUAGCAUAGGUUAUUACACUUUGCACAUAAAAAAAUUACGAAUACUGUCUGAAUACAAAAUUUGUACAAACUGGUAAUCACACACGAAAACAAUACGCUAACAGACUGAGUGCUAAACACAGGCUAAUGCAAUGGUUCUCAACCUUCCUAGUGCCAUGACCCUUUAAUACAGUUUCUCGUGUCUUGGCGACCCCCCAGCAACCUAAUUAUUUUUGUUGCUACUUCAUAGCUGUAAGAAUAUAUGUUUUCAGAUAGUCUAAGGCGACCCCUGGGAAAGGGCCGCGCUACCCCCAAAGGGAUCAUGACCCACAGAUUGAGAACCGCUGGACUAAUGCAUCGGUGCGGAAGCCCCGGCUCACAAAUGAAUGUCAGGAAAAAAGGACUUCCCCUUUCUGCGUAACUUGUUAUUCGAAAUAUCGCUCGUUAAGGGAGCUAUUUCUUCACAUUUUUUUUUGCUCGUUAUGAGAGGUGCUCGUUAUGAGAGGUUCCACUGUAUAUGCUUCAUCUCGAGCAACAUAACUAUUUCUUCCUUGAGAUCCCACACUGGUCUCAAUAUCUUGCCCAGGCUCAGCCAGCGGACACUUGUAAAGAAUAUUAGAAUGUUCAGUUUCCAAAGCAGUUUCCAGUUUCCUAUUUCCCUGGCUCUGAUGAGGUUUAUAACACUGACAGCUGGGUCAAUAACAUGCUUGAUAGUCAACACAUCUUAACACAGACUUUCCUGAUGGAUGACACAGUGGAGAUGUAAGAGUGUAUGGUCAGGAUGUUCUACUUUAAUUUUAUUAUUCAUCAACUUCACCAGACCUAAGUUUUUCCCAGUCAAAGAUCAAGCUCCAUCGGUUGUUACACUUGCCAUCUUGUUCCACACCAACCCAGUUCUUUCACACAGUUCUUUCACACAGUUCUUAACAGCAUUGAAUAAAUCCUGACCUGUGGUUGUGUCUUUUGAGUGACUCAACACUAAUUAAUGCUUCAAUAAGCUCAAAAUCAAUGUUUAUUCUUCUUGAUAAAGAAAUGCUGUCAAAUUUUGUUUUCUGGACACAUAAUGUUUGCUGCAUCUGACAAGCAUUCCUUGAUAAACUUGCAGACAGAAAAAGGCUUGUUACGUUUUACAAUCUUAUGGGACAGCACCAAACUAGCUUCGGUUGGGGCAUCUUGUAACAAAGACUGUUUGAUGAAAACAGUUUGCUGCUUCUUUGAAUUGUUAACCAACUCUUGUUUUUUUUCUUUUGCCCUAUUCGUUCGUUAAAUUGUGCUAGAAAUCCAUAUUUUUUGUUUGGUGAUGUCUCUUUAAAUUGUACUCUUUAAAGAUGCUCAAAAAUGCACGACACAGCAAGCAGACUGCUUUGCUCCCAGUACUUAGCAGUCCAUUCGUUAUUAAAAACACAACAUUGGUCAUUUUGGCAGCACUCAUGGUUGAAUCACGUCUAUUCCCUUUCAAAUUACAAUUUUUACAAAACCUUUUUUAAAAUGUAAACAAAAGCUACUUUUGGUUGAGCUGAAAGGCAGUUUCGAACAAAAUGAACAUCGACAUAGGAUCACAACAUUUACGUGCCUACAGGCCAUUUUGCCCAUCCCUGACUUUAAUGACUUUGUAAACUCAGCUUGAAUAUUAAGGUUCAUUAAGUCUGGUGACGACAAUCCCAGAUGUAUUGUAAGCGGCUACCUCAUGGUUAACAUGUCACAAUAAGCCAAAGAGCAGAUCGUAAAUGAAAUGAGAAGUUUCUUUGUUAAGCUAGUGAUGAUGAAACAUGUUGGCUAUUUCAUUGAUCUAAUAAUUUUUCAUUCCAGGGUAUCCUGGGGACAGUGCAAGUAUGUCACUUAUCAGAGGCAACACACAAUGUAACAGUAUGUAUUGUUAAGGAUUUUAAAGAAUUUAGACCUAGACUAUGCAAAGUUUUUAUCACUUUUGAAAAUAAGGCUUGAUUAUUCCCAUCCGAGUUAUAAUAAAGAAAUCCUAGGUUUAUUUUACACAAAUACUUAGUUUUCUGGAUUAGAAAAUAAUUAUUGUUAAUAGCUAUUGGGAGCUUGCAAUGAUAGUGAUAGUUAUUGUGUUGUGUAAAAAAACUUAUCCCGGAGAGAGUUGUAGAUGAGCCGGUGGGGUUGAAGCAUAAACAAUAAAAUGGUAAAUCAAAAAAUGUGUGUGCACAUAGAAAAUCACUAUACUCUCAUAUUUCUGCUGAGAUUCCAUCUGCCCAUGAUGGUUAUUAGUUUGGAAAAUAGCUAAUUUUGUCUGAAGUUUAUUUUUGAAAAAUUAUUACUUAUACUAGCAAGUUACUGAGAAUAAAAAAGUGACCAAACCCACAUCCCAUUCUUUUUUUCCCCCCACCCAUUUCUAUUUAUCUGCGGAUUGUCUUUUUAUUGUGGUAUAUCAAAAAAUAAUUUUGCUUUAUAUUAUUAUUUGAUGAUUUAGCCUUAUAAACUCCAUCGCCUUGACCAAGGACCCAACACCACAGUGACUUAUACAAGAGAGGAUGCACUGAAAUACUACAAGCAGAUGCGAAUGAUAAGAGUUAUGGAGACAACUGCUGGCAAUUUGUACAAAUCUAAAAUUAUAAGAGGCUUUUGUCAUCUUUAUUCUGGACAGGUCUGUAUCCUCCAGCUACAAAAUUUAUGAAAAUUCCAAGUCUAUACAGAAUAUAUUUUUCCCCAAUUGAUUUUAAAUCUUUUUUCAUUUUCAAUCUACACCCAUAUUUGUAUCUUAUUGCCUGAUUCUUGAUACUGGUCUUUUGUAUACUUAUAGAUUUAAUAUUUUCAAGUAGUGCUGAUCCUAAAAAAUAAAUAAAAAUAAAGUUUUUAAUUUUCAUAAAUAAAAUAAAGAAAUGUGUUGUUAUUAAAAUAGUUCCUUUCCUUAAUUUUGUUUUUAAAAAAAAGACUAUUAUUUUAUAUUAUAGGAGGCGAUUGCAGUGGGAAUGGAAGCUGCGAUUACUCCUGAAGAUUCAGUCAUAACUGCAUACAGGGCCCAUGGAUGGACUUAUGUUAGGGGAGUGUCAGUCCAUGCUGUUCUUGCAGAGCUUACAGGUUCACAGUUUAACAAUGAUUAAAUAGAGUAUUUCAGUCCAGUGUUUUUGAAAAAUAUCUUUAAAAAUAAACAAUGAAAUUAGGAGGAAAUGCUUGACUUGUUUGGGAUACAUGGAUUUCCUUUUAAUCAAAAAUGGUCCCUGCAAUGAAUAAGCAAUUAGACCUCUCAGAAAUGUUGUGCCCACUUUUUUUGAUGGGGAGUAUCUGAUGAAAACAUUGUGGAAGAUAUAACUUAUCUAGAGUUUUUAUGCAUAAAAGCAUACAAAUACAAACAAAAAUGAAGGUACAGAGGAUGCGUUAGUUUAACAAGUUGCAUUAAGACAAAGAUGAGACGCCGGAAAUUUCUGAGCGUUUGUCUGCAAAUCUUUUUGUUUUAAUUUAAAUAUGGUGGUGGGGGGGGGGGGGUUUAAUAAUUUUACCUGUGUCCAAAUUGGGGGGUUCUUUGGGGCACACAUUUUUUCAUGUUUUUUGCAAGCUUCAAUUAUUUGUUAGAAAUGGCCCUUUUUGUUUUUAAUUUAAAUAGGGGGGUGGGGGGGGGGGGGUUUAAUAAUUCUACCUGUGUCCAAAUUGAGGGGUUCUUUGGGGCACACAUUGUUUCAUGUAUUUUGCAAGCUUCAAAUAUUUGUUAGAAAUGGCCCCGGAGAUAAAAAUGUGCAUUGUGUUCCACUAUAUAUGAAUUAAGAUUUAGAAUGCCAUAUAUUUUUAUUUGAACGUGAUAUAUUUUGUAUCAAAGCAUGUGGGGAAAGAGGUAAUAAAAAUAUUAGGGUUGCACAGAUUAAUCUGCCCAGUGAACCUUACUUAUCACGUCACAGCAGGGUUUCAAUAUACUAAUGAAAAAAUUUUUUCCCCAGGACGAAAGACAGGUUGUGCCAAUGGUAAAGGUGGUUCUAUGCAUAUGUAUACCAAGAAUUUCUAUGGUGGCAAUGGUAUAGUGGGUGCACAGGUAAUUAAUAGUUUCACAGUGACACUUAAACUCAUUGCUUUUAACAUAGGCCUAACCUGAAGUCCAUUGUAAAAAAAAAAAAAAUUGCACUUAUUGAAUAACAUCCAGUAGCCAUUUUAGCAUACCCUUUGAUGCAAUGGUGAAAAGUUUGUUGGUAAAUAGAGCUUUUGCGCCUUUUGUGUUGUCUGGUAAUUAUGGUAGAUCAGCCACGAAAGCAAAAUACUGGGUAAUGAGAAAAAAAACAUGAUGAAUAAUCUUUGUGUUACAUUUAUUUUCUGAUUGGGUUUUGUUUUACCCACAUACACACUAUCCUCUUAUUUGGUUUUACUUUAAGUGUUGAGAGAGAAUGUGUAUUUUUUUAUUAUAGCAUUUAAGGGGAUAAUUGAUAAAUAGGAAAUAAAAUAAUAAAACAACCAAUACAAUAUAAUAAGCCCAAUGGUUUCUUCAUCAAUGAAAAUGAGGAUGGAACCUACCUAAUAAAAAUGAUGUCUUUGAAUUUUUCUCUGGGCAUACAGACAUUUGUCCUGAAAUAAAUAGUUUGUUAAUGAAAAUGUUUGCAUCUCAAAAAUGUGAUUAAAAACAGGGCUUCAAGUGUUUGUUGCUGUUCAUCCUUCGCAUGUGAAGAUUCUACUUAGAAACUUGAGAUGUAAAAAUGUGUUAUUUAAUUUAUCGUGAAAGGAAGUAGAGCACAAUUUAAGCUGAGACUGUAGCUGUCUGCCAAAAUGAAGUUAAAAGCACACACAAUUUUUACUGGUCUAGGGUAACUUUUGUUUUGAAUGUUGAAAAUAGCAUAAAUGUAAUUGUUAAAUAACUAUAAUAGUUAAAUUUUCUUCAUUACUGUAGGUUCCUUUAGGAGCUGGUAUAGCGUUUGCACACAAAUACAGACAAGAAGAUAACAUCUGCAUUUCUCUCUAUGGAGAUGGUGCAGCCAACCAAGGACAACUUUUUGAAGCAUUUAAUAUAGCAAAACUAUGGAAUCUCCCUUGUAUUUUUGUGUGUGAAAAUAAUGGCUUUGGAAUGGGCACAUCAGCAGCUAGGGCAUCAGCUUGCACUGAUUACUACACUAGAGGAGAUUAUGUACCAGGACUCUGGGUUAGUUUCUUGAUUACUACACUAGGGGCUGUUAUGUACCAGGACUCUGGGUUAGUGUCUGAUACCUAAACUAGGGGCGAUUGUUAAUGUCUGGAUUACUACACUAGGGGCGAUUAUGUACCAGGACUCUGGUUUAGUAUCUUGAAUGAUUAGUUCACUUGAGAAUUAUAAACUUUUUUUGACACCCACAUCCUAUGCGUAGUACAAAUAUUCAUAGCCAUGCUUUAAAAAAAAACAGUGAUUCAAAUUAAAAAGUACUUAUUGUUAAGUUAUCAAGAAACAGCUUGACCCGAAAGAUGAUUUAAUUAUUAAUAAAAGGAAUUGGCUAUAAUUCUGGUUAAACAUUGGAUUGGAAGUUGCUAUCACAGCGUGUUUUUUUAUCGGCUGCCACAGUGCAGAACGAGAAUAUCGGCCGACCACAUUUCGUGGGUUAAAUAGGCUAAUUUAUGGACUGUCAGAAUUUCAAUAGCAGAAGUUAUGUAUUAUUGAAGUUUAGAUACACAUUCUGAAGACCACCCCCUUCCCCACAGAAUCUUUAAAAUCAACAAUGCCCCACCUUCCCUCCUUCAGUGCGUACGAUAUAUUUAUAUAUGGAUUGCCUCUUAAAAUUUAUUAUAUACAUCCUCUUUCACAAGUAAGUCCAUAAUUGCAAACAAGUAAUAAGCCUAAAUUGGGUGAUACAAAUUAUGGAUGGUCCUUUAUAAAUAUUUGCUAAUUGACAAACUUCUUGGGAAAUUUCUCUUUUUAAAUUCAUUUGUUGAGUUGCCAAAAUAUUGAGCAUACAAUUAUACCAUACGAAAUUUCAGAAAACGGCUCAUUUGGACAAUGUUUGUAAAGAAUGCCACCUUUUUUCAUUGUCAGGUGGAUGGUAUGGAUGUUCUUGGUGUGAAGGAGGCAACACGUUUCGCCAAAGAUUAUGUAUUGAAAAAUGGUCCAAUUUUAAUUGAGGCCUUUACCUACAGAUAUCAUGGUCAUAGUAUGAGUGACCCUGGAACAAGGUAUUUAUUUUAAAAAAUGUGAUGUUGGUUUAAAUUCUCACAGGUACAUAUUUAUUUGAAUUUAAUACAUUGUGAAUAUUUUUCCAGUCAUACAAGGAUGCAAGUAAGUGUUUUAACUUUUUAAAAAAAUAACAGUAUUUAAAACCUUUGCAGCUUGCAAUUUGCAUGUUACCCGGUAAUUAAAAUUUUAUUUGAGAGCUGAGAAUUAAAAGAUUAUUAUUAUUAUUAAGGUGGUUUUUUAUAUAGCGAAGUACCCCAGUCUAGGGCUAGGCUCACUGCGCGUCACAUAAAAUUUAGCAAUUGGUAAAAAGCUUGACCUCACCCACCCAAGUACUAUCUACACCUGUCUACCCAUGGACAACACCCAGCAGCAUCAAGCAUAUCAGUUGAGGGGGGGGGGGGGGAGAAUGAGGCGGUAUAGUAGAGUUUGAAGGGAUGUGUUUUGAAGGCAGUUUUGAAGGCUGGGGUGGUCGGUAUAAUGUGGAGGUGUAAUGGGAGAGAAUUCCAUUGGUUGGGAGCUUCACAUAAAAUUUAGCAAUUGGUAAAAAGCUUUACCUCACCCACCCAAGUACUAUCUACACCUGUCUACCCAUGGACAACACCCAGCAGCAUCAAGCAUAUCAGUUGAGGGGGGGGGGGAGAGAAUGAGUCGGUAUAGUAGAGUUUGAAGAGAUGUGUUUUGAAGGCAGUUUUGAAGGCUGGGAUGGUCGGUAUAAUGUGGAUGUGUAAUGGGAGAGAAUUCCAUUGGUUGGGAGCACAGAAAGAGAAAGAUUGUUCACCAUAUGUUUUAGUGCGUGUUUUGGGAACAUAAAAAAUAUGCGUGUUAGCAGAGGAACGAAGCUUUCAAAGAGGUGAGUAGACAGAAAGACGUUCAAUAAGAAAGGAAGGGCAGGAACCAGAGAAAAAGUUGUGACAGAGAAAAGACAGCUUGUAAUCAAAACGUGCCUGUAAAGGGAGCCAAUGGAGUAAGUGAAGUGGUGGAGUGACUUAUCACGUUUCUUUGCCUUUAGAACUAACCUAGCAGCUGAGUUUUGAACUUUCUGCAGUUUUUCAAUUAAAUGUUUUGGUGAACCUGACAGUAGAGAGCUACAAUAGUCAAGAUGAGAGAGAACAAGAUCACAGACUAGUGUUUUUGUUGCGCUAAUUACAUGAUUUUCAAAAUUAAUUACUGGCCUACAAUUUCUUUUGCUUGAGCUAUGAUAAUGUUUUCUUUAAUAUUAAUAUUUGUACUCUAGUACUAUGUACCAAUAAAUAGGAGGGCUUUACCCUGUACAUGCUGUAGGAAGGAAAGUUCUUAUCAUUUCUUAUUUUAGGCAAUUUAUUAUUUUUUUCAACUUUUCUUUGAACUGAAAUUAGUAAAAUGUCACAAACCAAUCUCACAGACCAGAAUUUAUUUUUGUUUUAAAAAAAAUUAAAUUCAGAAUGAGAAUUUUUUGGAUGAGGGUAAUUACUGUCUUACUGAAUAUGUAAUUCAGUUACAGUAAUUCUUUAGUGUUUCAUUGCUCUUAUCUACAUUGACUAGAACUAUCCAUAUUCUAGCACAUUAGUCUGGUACGGGUAUGUAAUAUUUACUAACAAUGGGAAUUCAAUUUCACUAAACAAUAGACAAAAUGAAAAGCUUCCUAUUAUUAUCAAUUUCAUGACUCGUUAAAGUAUUGUUACUUCCAUUGUCAAAUGUAGUGCAAAAAUGCGUUUCAUUGAAUUUAAAAAUCAGUUGUGGCCAUAGAAUUAUUUCACUUCAAAGGGUCUCUUCUCUGGGCUCAUUUCUUUUAUAGCAAUUUUUGAUAACUGUGUGUUAAAACAUAUAGUUUGGUACCGUACAGUGAGUGAGGUCUGCAUACACUGCCAGAAACUCCACUUACACUUACAUGAGACAAAGCUUGAAACCCAAAAUUUCUCCAGCCACAGCUUUUGUGCAAGAUAAUGUCAGUGUCACAGAGUUUCAUUGAAAUAAUUCACUUUUGAUUCUCACAUUUUGAAAAGCUUUUUGCCAAGAAAAUCAAAAACAUUGAGUUUAAAUAUUAAUGAUGGCAAUUUUAACAAAACUUCAGUUUUGUUUCAAAUAUUAGAUUGAUUAACAGUUUGUCUAAAUAUAAAUACAGGUUUGUAAGGCCAAAAAUUGGUUAUAAAAACAUUUUUUUAAUGAUUGAAUUCAUUUAGGGCAUUUACAUGUUGUAUUUAGUUAGUCUAAACAUUAAAAAACCUCUUUUGGCUUCACAGUUAUCGUACAAGAGAAGAGGUUCAAGAAGUUAGACAGACUCGUGACCCCAUAGGAAAGUUUAAAGAUGUCAUCGUCAAUUCUGGAUUAGUCACAAAUGCUGAGAUUAAGGUAAGGAAAAUUUCUUCCUUAUCAUUCAAUUAUUUCAUUUAUACAAAAAAAUAAAGUUUUAUAGGAAUUUGUGUUUAUUCUCACUAUUUUGGUUACGUGUUACAACAUAGAGAGGUAUUUAAAAAGAAUUAAUCAUAAUGAUUUAUUCAAAAGUUAUUUACAUUUAAUUCCUAAUAGAAAAUUGAAGAUGAUGUGAAAAAGGAAGUGGGAGAUGCUGCUGAGCUUGCCAAGACAGAUCCAGAGCUGCCACUAGAAGAAUUAUAUUCACAUAUCUAUAUGAAUCCACCUCAAGACAUGAAAGUAAGAGGAUGCGAUGAUACCGUUUUUGCAUCAACAAAAUAGUUAUUUUUUCAUGUUUGAAUUUUUUUGUACCAACAUUGAGGAUUUCAGUUAUCUUGAACAAUGAUAUUGUGUCAGCCUUAUGAAUAAUAAAAAUAAAUUGAAAGGUUAUGACAAAAAUAAUUGAAUUUAAAAUCAAGACUUUCUGUGAAGGGAUGACAAUCUUGCUCAUGUAUUAUGUAUUAAAACAAUGUUUACUUGCAAUAUAGUUUCCUUUGUUAUUUCUAAUUUGCAUCCAGUUUUUUCUUUUAAUAUUCCAACUUUCAAAUAUUACAUUGUCUUUAUAAAGAGAUAUUUUAAUUAUUUUAUAAUGUGGUGUUAUCUUUUUUAAACCUAGCACCCCUAAUCCUUUAAAUUUAUUAAUUUAUCCAAUUCGAAAUAGUUUACUCCAAAAAUUCAAACUAGACUAGUGAACCAAUAACAUGUAUUUCAAAUGGAAUAUGCCACAUUUUAAGUAAUAUCUAUUCUUGUCAGUAGACACUACAGUUCAAUUCAUUGUGUAUUUCAAUAGCAAUUGUGAGGGUGCAUGUCAUCAUCCAUUGUAAGUCACUGUGUAUUUCUAACAUUAAGUAGUGGAUUGCAGUUAUUGGUGAAUUACACUCAGUAAAGGGCCAUCCAUAUAGCAUGUACCCUCUCAGGGUUGUUGAUUAAUUAGAUUUAGCACAAGUGUACAGAAAACCCUUGAAAUACGAUAAUUAUGUUGUUUUAAUUGGCUAUAUAUUAUAAAUAAAUUGAAACUGGUACAGACAUGGAAGUGAAGAUAUUCAUUUGUUCGUAUUUAUUUUUAGGUUAUUUAAAAAAAAAAAAAGAAGUUAAAUACAAUAAUGGUUAAGAUGUAAUUUGAAGAAUUAAAAUAGUUUUUGUUAUU